UUAUAAACGCGUGGAGUCCACACUUGAGACAUAUUGAUGGGGUCUACCAACCAGCUGCAUCUUUCCCAUCCCGCGGUCUCCCUCCCAAUUUUCCAGCCUUCUUAAACACGUCUCCGGCGAUUUCUUCACGGCUCUACAGCGUUUACUUUACGCCAACCAACCAGACUCCUCUUCUUCACCACCACCACAAUGAGCCGAUUUCAGUCCCAUCGCCGAAUCCCGAUCCGCGAUGCCCAACACCAAGACGAUGAUGAUGAAGCAAACGCAUCUGAAACCCUAGCCUAUGGCGAUGAAGAUCAAGGAAGUACCAAACUCAGACCUUCAGACCACAAUUCCACCGAAGAUCUAGAACCUUUCAUGGGAGUCAAGGUCCGCCGAGAAGCCUCUCGUCAUAGAGAUUACAGGGGUGACUAUAUCGACGUCCCUUCCCGCCCCUCUCUCAUGAAGAUUAUUCGGAAACAAGGUGACGAUAAAGUUCUGUUCGCAGAUAAAGUUUUGAAGUUUACCGCUUCAGGAAAGAUGAAACGACGUAUUCUUAUAAUUACUGACUUUGCCAUUUACAUGGUUGACCCGGAGACUGAUACACUUAAAAGGCGGAUUGCCCUGGCAGCUGUAGACAAGUUUUGUUUGAGUGAACUGAGUGACAAUUUCCUUGCUAUUAUCAUCCCAACAGAAUAUGAUAUGCUCUUGGCUAGUACUCGAAAGACUCAAAUUGUGACUCUGUUGGUAGAAGCUAACAAGAGCACAUCCGACUAUGAACUCGAGGUGGUUUUCUCCAACAGGUUUGAGUAUAAUGCAUCCGCAGAUCUUGUGAAGGAAGUUCAAUUUGAGGAAGUUGAAGGUGGUGUUAGAACAAGAAUUGUGUGGAAAUGAGUUGCUCUCGAAGCUUUUGAUGUUUUUGAAUUUCAAGCGGUGUUUAAACAAGAAUUGUGCGGAAAUGAUUUGCCUGUUAGCAUUGGUUGACAUAAAAAGGUGAUUGAUUCUUUUCUGGUCGCAAAACUGAGUUCUGCUUUAGCAUUAACCCAGACCACACCAGAUAAUAUAGCUUAUUGUUUGUGUAUUUAAUCUUUGGUUGUAAUUGUUUUUCCUUUUUUCUCUACAAACAAAUCUUAUAUGCGUGUACUAGUUGUGAUUAUCAGUAUCUCUCAUGUCAAUAUGAAUUUGAUUACCACUGCGGACAUUUCUUAAAUGGGACAUUUCAAAUUGUGACUUUGAUUCUUUGUACUUUGUCCUGGAGAUAACCAGGUCGCAAUGAUUUGCAACUUUCAUUACUUUGCUUCAA